GCUGGGCUCGGCUCGGCUCGGCUCGGCUCCAUCGCCGUCCGGCAGCGGAGCGGCCCCGGGGAACGCGCCUCCUUGUCACCUUCAGCGGGGCUGGCCCGGCCGGGAGGCGCGGCGGCACCGCCAUGGUGCUCAUCAAGGAAUACCGCGUCAUCCUGCCUGUGUCUGUGGAGGAGUAUCAAGUGGGGCAACUGUAUUCUGUGGCAGAAGCCAGUAAAAAUGAAACUGGAGGAGGAGAAGGAGUGGAGGUGCUGGUGAACGAACCCUACGAAAGGGAUGGAGAACGUGGGCAGUACACACACAAGAUCUACCACUUACAGAGCAAGGUGCCAACGUUUGUGAGAAUGCUGGCCCCUGAAGGAGCUCUGAAUAUACAUGAAAAAGCAUGGAAUGCCUAUCCCUACUGCAGAACCGUUAUUACAAAUGAGUAUAUGAAGGAUGACUUCCUGAUCAAAAUUGAAACCUGGCAUAAAUCAGAUCUUGGAACACAAGAGAAUGUGCAUAAACUGGAGCCAGAGGUAUGGAAGAGUGUAGAAGCCAUUUACAUAGACAUUGCUGAUCGGAGUCAAGUCCUUCCCAAGGAUUACAAGGCAGAAGAAGAUCCAGCAAAAUUCAAGUCUGUCAAGACUGGCCGUGGACCUCUGGGUCCCAACUGGAAGAAGGACCUGGGGAAGCAGUCAGAUUGUCCAUACAUGUGUGCUUACAAGCUGGUAACAGUCAAGUUCAAGUGGUGGGGCCUGCAAAAUAAAGUUGAGAACUUUAUACAGAAGCAAGAAAAGCGUCUCUUCACAAACUUCCAUCGGCAGCUCUUCUGCUGGCUCGAUAAGUGGGUUGAUCUGACUAUGGAGGACAUUCGUAGGAUGGAGGAGGAGACCAAGAGACAGCUGGAUGAGAUGAGAGAAAAAGAUCCAGUGAAAGGAAUGUCGGCUGCAGAUGACUAAUAUGACUCCUUCCUCGUGCACUUUUCAAGACAGUCAUCAGGAAGGCCCAGGGAAUCCACACUCUUGACUGACGGACCAUCUCUGGAUCAAGCCUUUCUCUACCCAAUCGGCAGGCGAUUUGAAACCUCCCAUAGCUAAUUCUAGAUGCCCCUUAAUAUUGUGAGCAAAUAGACCGUCUGGUACUAAGCACUCCAAUGUUAGCACGUGUAUCCCCAGGAGGCAGCUCCUCGGAGACGUGUGAUUUAGAGAUCGCUGUAUUUACAACUCCUCCCUCCUCUUUUUUUCAUUGUGUUCAGACCAAUUUCCAUGUGGCCCCGUUUGAUUUCCAAGUGACAUUUUUAGCUAAAAAUAGUCUUGUGAUGUGGUGACUUAGAUUUUUUUCUUUUUUUUUUUUUUUUUUUUUUUUUUUUUUUUUUUU